AUUCAAGCCAACAAGUUUGGAGAGAAUGUUUGAGUUUAAUCAAUUCAGAGCGACGAGAUGGAGCCCAACUCACUCCUGUGGGUAGGCUCACCUUGUGGUUUGCACGGACCUUACAUUUUCUACAAGGCGUUUAGAUUUCACCUUGAAGGCAAAGCGAGAAUUUUGUCCCUGGGUGAUUUUUUCUUGGUCAGAUGUAAAGCAGGGGACCCCAUCUGCAUAGCAGAGCUACAGCUCUUAUGGGAGGAAAGGACAACCAAGCAACUUCUAUCCAGCUCCAAACUUUAUUUUCUCCCAGAAGAUACCCCCCAGGGCAGAAAUGUCACUCACGGAGAGGAUGAAGUGAUCGCCGUCUCUGAGAAAGUCAUAGUGAAGUUGGAGGAUCUGGUGAAAUGGAUGGUGGCGGACGUGUCGAGUUGGAACAAGGGUCUGCCGGCCGUACCCCUGAAACCCACCGUGCUGAAGGAGCUCGGCAAGAACGGCCAGAGAGAAGCGCUCCACAAAUACAGAGAGUCCACGCUCAACAGCGGCCUCAACUUCAAGGACGUCCUCAAAGAGAAGGCUGAGCUCGGUGAGGAUGUGGAGGAGAAGAAAGUUCUGGUACUGAGUUACCCUCAAUACUGUCGGUACCGCUCCAUCAUCGCGCGGCUUCGUGAGCGGCCCACCUCCUUCCUGACGGACCAUGUGGUACUGGCCCUGGGGGGAAUCGCCUCCCUCACCAACAACACCCAGAUCCUGUACUGCAGGGACACUUUUGAGCACCCCACGCUGGUGGAGAACGAGAGCGUGUGUGAUGAAUUCGCACCCAACCUGAAGGGCCGGCCCCGGAAGAAGAAGCUCUCCAUCUCCCAGCGGCGAGACUCGCAGGGGCAGGGCGGUACUGCCAGAGAGACCAACGGUAUGGAGGGCAAGUCUCUAGUCAAGAUUAAGGGCGACUCAAAAUCAGGAGUGUCCAAGCCCCGGAACACCAGCAGCGGAAGCAGUUGUAAAAAAGUUUCGCCCGAGGAUAACCCGAAGGUGGAGAUGGGUGAGGAGUGCCGCACAGACGAGCAGGCCUUCCUGGUGGCACUGUAUAAGUACAUGAAAGACAGGAAAACUCCCAUUGAGAGGAUACCGUACCUGGGCUUCAAACAGAUAAACCUUUGGACUAUGUUUCAAGCGGCUCAGAAACUGGGAGGAUACGAGGUGAUCACAGCACGCAGACAGUGGAAAAGUGUAUAUGAUGAACUGGGCGGCAACCCGGGAAGCACCAGCGCCGCCACGUGCACACGAAGACACUACGAGAGGCUCAUCCUACCCUAUGAGAGAUUUACUAAAGGAGAGGAAGACAAACCCCUUCCACCCGUCAAAGCCCGCAAACAAGAGGGAAGUGCUCAGGAGAGCAUUGUAAAAACAAAGAUGACAGCCAUGAAGCGGCCAAAGGACGAACAAAAACCUGGGAGCGAAAAGGACGCCUCAGUUAAAGUCCCAGAGCUGGGGAUGGAGGACACAGAACAGCUCCAGGAGAAGCUGUUGGAGAAGCAGGAUAGCCAGCAGUACCAGGCUCUAACCCAGAUGGACAGAGAAGCAAAGAGUCCUCUUUCUGAAGAUGAAGGUGUACAACUAGUCAUCAAGGAUGAAGAUCAACCUGUGCUCCAUAAUACAUAUGAGCAUGCAAAUGGGAAUGUGUUACCCUCACUUCCACAAGAUUGUGCACCACUCAAAUCAGAGGAUUGUGACGUGUUUCCUGUUGCUACCAUGCCGCUGCACCAAGGUCAUCCUCUCCCCAACUCUCACACACCGGAGCAAUGGCAGCAUGGGAUGCUGGAAUACAAGGUGCCUCCGGGUGCCCUUGCAAAUGUUGAACAGUCUAGGCCAAAAGAGGGCCAAAACCAGGUGGGAAUGGUGCUGCCCACUCUAAAGCAGAAACCCCUCACAUCUCCAGAAAUCCAACCCGAAAGGGCUGACCCCCCUAAAAAAGAAGAAGCAUGCUUCAGUUUUAAUCUCCUCCUCUACCCUAGGGGUAAUCCUGGCAUCAUGUCCCCAUUAGCUAAGAAGAAGAUGCUGUCCCAAGUCAGUGGAACAGGACUGUGUAAUAAUUACCCAUACGGACCGCCACCUCCAUUAGUCAGUAGGUUGACCGGCAGUGGUACAGAAGGGUCAUCUUCUGGACAGCAGAGCUCCCAGGCUCCUUCCGCUGCAGAGACCAACAUGGUGAUCAAACGCCCAUCAGUUAUCCAGCAUGCUCAAAGUUUAAAGUCCAGAGGUAGUGAGGACAGGAGGUCCUCAACAGAGGGCUCUCAGAAAGAGGGGUGUAAUGAGGGAGAACUAAUACCCCAGCCACAGCCUACCCUGAUAAGAGAGCCAUACCUUUUAAGGGCUGACCUCCAUUCCAGCAUGGAGAAAUCUGCUGAGAUGCCUCGUCCUGGCCAGGCUCCCAGCUUCCUGAGUGACUUUUAUUCCUCACCUCACCUUCACAAUCUAAGCCGACAAACCGAGCACCACCUGAGCAAGGAGCAGAUAAGCAAGUACCUUAGCAGAGAUGUUUACCCUCGGGACUGUGAGACCGCCCAGGGCUUUCCCCUAAGCCAGCAUCCCGACAAUGUGGGUUUGAAUUACAGUGCCCGGCUAAGUCAGAAAGAAAAGGGACCUCCUGCAGAAAGGGUAACAGAGGAGCAACCAACUGAUUUGAGUCUCCCAAAAUCCUCUCCACACAAACUGCCUCUUUCCACAUCCUCUCUCUGUGGCAUCCCACAUCCCACAAUACAACAAGACAUUAAAAACUCCUCUCUCUUUCAAGCAGGCAACAGUCAGAGCUCAAGCAUAGACUACCAUCCCAGGGCCUGUCGUGUUCCUCCCAUGACCAUGUCCAAAUCUAAAAAGGUAACCGAAUCUCACUCAAAGGUUCUGGAUAAAGCACACAAUGGCAGGGGAGAAGAGACCUUGGGUUACAAGAUCGAUGAGAUGGCUCGGCCCAUUCUGAGCUCCAAAAGCAGCCCGCAGAACAUCUGCACUGCACGGCCACUAAAAAGGACCCUUCGGGAUUUGGAAAACGCACCGUCGGAGAAGAAAAUCCGGGCUGUGACACCCUUGCACUGCUCGACACAAAGAGAUGGUCCAGGGAAACCUAGGACACCGGAAGCUGACAGUGAGUCCAUAAAGCCGGCAGAACCUACUCACACGGCAUACAUCAGCAGUUACUCAUCGGAAGGCCACAAGAUUCCCUUGCACUCCCACCUGUUCCAAGGGCUGUAUCCAGGGACAUUUGUAUCUCAGGUCCAGGACAUGUGUGAUAGCUUGGGCUCCCACGUUACCCCAAGUUACUCUCAUCCACUGCAGUACUUGAAGAACCAUGCUGUUCUGUCACCACUCAUGCCCCCCUUCGCUAUUCAUUCCUUAAUGAUGCAAAGACAGUUCCUGGCCACCAAUCCCACCCACAUUUACAGGCACCAAGUGGGCACCUCAUACGGGGACAUACUGCACCCUGGCCUCUACCCCAUGUCGGCCCUUCACCCCCAGCCAGCUUUCAGUCCCCCUCAACUCUCUUCAGUGCACCCCAGCACUAAACUUUCCUAGGUGGCGCAGUCUGAUAUUCCCUGGCUGGACGCGCCCAGCCCAUGCUUAACUCAGACUUGAUGCUCCCCAGAAAAUCCCAUCAAGCAUGGUCACACUAUGUACCCAGUGAAUAGCAGUGUUUUAUAAACGCUUUAACACGGGAGCAGUUAUUUCUGUUAUUUACCUUCUUGCCACUCAAGUUUAUGGUUUGCACAUUUCUUUGAACAGGGGCCAACUGGGCUGAUCGUGGCUUGUACUCACCACACUGUUUGAAAGUGUCAGUUGGCUUGUUCGAAAACAUGUUGCCUUGGCACAGGUGCCCAAGUGGAGAUGGGCAUGAUGUCCACGGAGGCACCCAAAAGAAAGUCAAGUGACAAAUCAGUGCAAUGCGACAGUGCUACUUCGGUCCAUUCUGAGAGCUCUUUUGUCUGAAAUACUAUGAUACGAUAAUGCAAGAGCUGCCUGGGUAAAUGUUGGACCUUUUCACAUUACUCUUGACUGUAUGUUUUUGUUGCUGUUGUUAUUUUUUUUUUAAUGUAACAGUGUGGUAGUUUUAUAUGUUUAUUUUUCAAUCCUACUAGGGUUAAGCAAUGAGAUAUCACAUUUGAUAAAGACGCAAAAAAGAGACCCAAGUAUUGCAGUUUGGUGUGUUACACAGUUACAUGUAAAUAAAACAAACUAAGCUUUCCUUGAAGGAAUCUUAAAUGUCAGUGAUACAAUGUGAGGUAGGCUUCACAAGCUUCUUUGACCACUGUCUGCUGGCUCCCUUUCAGCUCCUUUCACGCCCAGCAAAACUCGCUCCUGAUCACCAGAGCAAUGUGGAAUGUGUUUGUCAAAUGUAGGACUGAGGUGCUUGUACAUAACCUUCACAAACUGAAUGCAUUUUGUAUCAUGUUCACUCGCUACUGUAAUUUCUGAUUGCUCUGAACUGCGGGGCUAAAGAGCGAUUUAGGACGGUGAGAGGAUAAAAUGCAGGACUACUUAAGUGUCAGAAAGUGAGUUUUGUAUUUGCUGGUGUACACUUGUGCUUGCUUACUCAGAGGACUUUUUUUAUCAGGAGAUACAACUGAAAUUUAAAACUACAUUUGGGAAAACACAUUUUAGGAGCACUUAGAUAAGCCCACACAGGCUUUUCCAACCAUUUCUGUUUAAGGAUAGCUAACUGUUAAACUUUUAGAUAUUGUUUGAACUUUAGGUCUGUAAGUGCUGGCAGCAGUCAAAUUUGCGUCUGUAUUAAAUGAAGUGUAACACUUGCCAGAAAAGAGUUUUUAAUUAAAAAAGCAUGAUUUGUUUGCACAAAAGAUUUUGGGAAAGUACCAAGAAAAUUUGAAAAGCAACACACAGUACUCUUAGGGGUAAUCAAUUAUAUAUAUUUUUUCUUUUUGAUGUAUUAGUAGUAGAAACUAAACUUCAAGAAAUGUAUUUACUCCAACAACGUUUGGAGUAACACUCAA